AUGCCGAAGAAGAUGCUGAAGGAGUGGGAUGGUGCUAUCACACCUUUUGUUAUGGGGGAGGUUCUAGAUGUGGAAGAAGGCGGUCAGCUCACCGAUGGAAUCAUCGAAGAUGAAGAUGACGAAGAGGAUGGUUACUCCCGUGGGGAGAGCUUGCGUGGUGAGACAAGCAAGAGAUGGAGCCGACUUGUCCGCUGUGCGGUUUCCUUGUCAAGUGUUGUUGAUGGGUUCACCUGGGUGGAGGGUAACGUGAAUGGAGGGUUGAGGGUGUAUUGGAAGCGAAAGUGACGGGAUGGCUUGAGGAAGAUUAUUAGGAGCGCGAGGAAGAGGAAUGGAGGUGAAGUGGUCAUCAUUGGACCGACGAUUCUAUGGAUGUUGAUGCUGAGGAUAAAGAUGCCGAUGAAUCAUCAGAACAGAGCAAAGACGACAAAAAUGAUUCUGAGGAAGUCACGG